ACCCGUGAAGUUUCAGUAUUGUCCGUGAAGCGUGUUCGAAAGGUCAAAACAACACCAAAUUGUUUAAAGAAAACAAUGUAUUUGUACAUAGUGUAAGAGAUUAUCGUAUAAUCCAAACCAAAACGAUACGAGAUGUUUCAAAAACGUAAACGCGGACACUUUUUUUUAAUAAUAAAUCUAAUAUAAUUUAUAAAUAUUGCUAAAUUAAUCUUCGAAUUGUAUUGAACGCGUAGGUUGGUAAUCUAGGUUUGAACAUUUUUAUUAAAUCACAACAAAAUAAACUUGACUGAGUAAACUGAUGUGGAAAGGAGAAAUGGCAGGAAGUGAAAGAAACUUGUCCUUGCCAGUUAAAGAAAGAACCGAACAAAAUGGAGCAGUUUUCUCAGACAAAACUGAACAACCAACUGAGGAAAGUGUAAGAGAAACCGUUUACAAAUUGGUUAUGAAUGACCACGACGAGCAUCAACCAGCUGUAGAAACGAGACUUGUAUCAAGUUGUCAUACCUACCCCUCUCAACUCUUGAACUCUCGUGAAAUUUCAGAUGUUGAAAAUAGUGCAACAGGUUCAGUUGCUAGUUGUUCUGACAGUGGUAUUUGUUCCACUCCUUAUGAGGAAGAAGAUACCUGUGGAUUUGAGGAAAUACCUUUGAAUGUCAGUGCUGAUAUGUGUGAUGGCGUGAAUGCAAUAAAUUUUGGAAAUUCCCUUAGUGAAAAGCUACGGCAAGUGGAAGAAUUUGAUGAUGUCACAUUGGGUAGACAAAAAACUAGAGGAAAGUUUAGAAACCUGUUUGGGCGCUCAUUUCUGAAAGUGUCUGAUAACUCUAAUUUGUUGGUCUCAUUACAGAACCAAGGGCUUACAGGAAGUGCAUUAAUACAAAGAAGUUCUAGCAAGAAGCAAAAAGUUGUAGCGCCUGUGCUUUCCACCACAGGUCUUAUUUUUGAAAACAGGCCAAGAAAUCUUCCAGCAAAGGAUCCCAAAGAAGAAAAACGACACAGACAGCUUUAUCAACAAAUGAUUGAAGUUGCCAAAAAGAAAGAGCUUCAGGACCAUCAGGAACAGAAAAAGAAGCAGGAAAAUCAAAGUCAACAUGAACAUCUUGUUUCAAGUGCUUUGGCUUUGUGGAAUAAAGAAGUACUUCCUAACUGGGAUAAUAUGAAAUGUACUAAAAAAGUACUAGAGCUAUGGUGGUUAGGUUUACCACCUAGCAUACGUGGUCAAAUCUGGAAGCUUGCUAUUGGAAAUGAUCUUCACAUUACCCAAGAAUUGUUUGAAAUAUUUCGUUGCCAUGCUGAGCAAAAGCUUUUGAACAAUGAAAACAGCAAAAGCAGAUUGAAGUCUGGAGAUCUUGCUUCGAGAUCCCAAAACUUUGUCACUGAUUCCAUGGUCGAUCUCAUCACGAUGGACGUAUCGCGGACUUUCCCGUGCCUAGGAAUCUUUCAAAAAGGAGGUCCUUACCAUAACGUUCUCUACAAAAUACUCGGGGCCUAUUCCUGUUACAGACCAGAUAUUGGAUAUGUACAAGGAAUGGCAUUUCUUGCUGCUGUUCUUUUAUUGAACAUGGAAGAAAUCAACGCGUUCAUAUGCUUCGCGAACCUCAUCAACAGACCCAUGCAGAUGGCAUUCUUCAGCGUUGACCAACCGAUGAUGCGAGCGUAUUUCCUUGCAUUUGAAGUUCAUUUACAAGAUCACCUUCCAAAGUUGGAGUAUCAUUUCAAUGAUCAGGGUCUGACGCCCGACUUGUAUCUUACAGAUUGGAUAUUUACCCUCUACAGCAAGUCGCUACCGCUCGAUGUAGCAAGUAGAGUUUGGGAUCUGUUUUGUCGAGAUGGCGAAGAAUUUCUCUUCAGAACAGCUUUAGGUAUUCUUCAUAUGUUUUCGUGUGAACUGAUGACAAUGGAAUUCAUAACGCUCGCUCAGUUUCUCACGAAGCUACCCGAAAACAUAUCAGAGACGAAACUUUUCGAAAGCAUUGCGUACAUGACUAUCACUCGGGAGAAAUUCAACCAAGUCCUCGUGCAACAAACGCAAAAGGUUCUCCAACUUUAUCCGGCCGACAAACUUAAACAACAUCCAACUUUACGAGCGUAAAACUUUGACAGAACCGAGUCGCUUCCAUCUGCAAUAACUGAUUUUUUUGUCAUAUGGACUAAUUUACAAGUUCAAGGAAAAAAUUGACAAAAUAGUAAUGGCUAGUAGUACGUGUGUGACGUAAUGAUGGUUGUAGAUAAAGAGGUCUCAAAAAGUCUUAAUUAAAACAUUUGAAACUCGA